AGAAGCAGGAAAUGACCUCUACUUUGAUGACGUCACAAGGAUCUACACUCAUUCAAGCAGGGAGCAGAAUGAGAGCAGAGCUCUGAGAAUUCGCAAGGAUUUGUUUUUUUGACGUGCAGAGUUUCGAACAAAAUAACCUGCUGAGUCCAACAGAACCACCCGAUUUCAACAGAUAGCCGACAUGUCGGAAGAAGCGAGCUCACAGGAUGGGAACGGCAAAGUCAGCCGGGUCAUCAGGAUCGGAACUCGCAAAAGCCAGCUGGCGCGCAUCCAGACUGACAGUGUGGCCGACAAGCUGAAGGAGCUCUACCCGGACGUCCACCUGGAAAUAGUUGCCAUGUCAACCACAGGAGAUAUGAUCCUUGACAGAGCUUUAUCAAAGAUUGGUGAGAAGAGUUUAUUCACCAAAGAGUUGGAGAACGCCCUGGAGAGGAAUGAGGUCGACCUGGUCGUUCACUCGCUGAAGGAUCUCCCCACCAGCCUGCCUGCAGGGUUCACCAUCGGAGCUGUGCUGAAGAGGGAGAACCCCCAUGAUGCAGUGGUGCUCCAUCCAAGCAACACAGGAAAAACUCUGGACACUCUUCCAGAGAAAAGUGUUAUUGGCACGAGUUCAUUGCGCCGUGCUGCCCAGCUGAAGAAGAGGUUUCCCCAUCUGGAGUUCAAGGACAUCCGUGGGAACCUGAACACACGUCUGAAGAAGCUGGAUGAGAAGGACGACUUUGCUGCCAUCAUCCUGGCUGCUGCCGGCCUGAAGAGGAUGGGCUGGGAGAACCGAAUCAGCAUGAUCCUGGAGCCUGAAGACUGUAUGUAUGCUGUUGGACAGGGGGCUUUGGCAGUGGAGGUCCGGGCCAGAGAUGCAGACAUCCUGGAGAUGGUGUCUGUCCUCCAUGACCCCGACACUGUGCUGCGCUGCAUCGCUGAGAGAGCGUUCCUCAAACAACUGGAGGGCGGCUGUAGUGUUCCUGUGGCUGUGCACACCAAGGUGAAGGACUCCCAGCUCUACCUGACCGGCGCCGUCUACAGCCUAGAUGGAUCUCAGAGCAUCAAAGAAACCAUGCAGACCAGCAUCGCUCCCGGCGACGAGCAGAGCCUGGAGAGGGUGGACGAGCAGGUCCAGAGAGUGGGAGUCACAGCCAUCAAAGUCCCAGCUGAAGCCCAGGAUGCGGCUGAGCGGCUGGGCGUCAAACUGGCUGAUUUACUACUAAGCAAAGGAGCCAAGGAGAUCCUGACGGUGGCCCGGCAGCUCAACGACGCCAGAUAAUCCCAUCCCUUAACCCCCCACCCUCGUCCCCAACGCCUCCAAUGGAAGGGACUGUGUUUGUUCAGUCUAACGCAACCUUGUUUCAAAUAAAACCACAACCUCUGUCUUGUGUGGUGCUAAUUUAAAGCCCACUUGAUUAAGAAACUGUGUUGUGUAAACUCUACUUGAACCAAAGUUGCGCUCAGAACGUCAGUUUGCCAGGAGUCCCUUCUGUUUGUGGGUCUUGGUUUGGGUGCUAGCCUGUACUUGCCUUAGUGAACCAUCUCCUUAACCACACACACACAUCAGCCCACUGGGAUGAUCAGGGAGGAACACAAAACGGCCUUCAGCAAACUUCAUCACCAACUGAAAUGAAUCCAGGACGUGUCACCGUCAUCCAAGUGACACAGAAAGGAAGAACUUAUCCGCACUGUUGUUAAGAACACAAACGCAUUCCCUUUUUUUAAAGCUUCCAUAAUACAUGUUCUGAAUGCGCUUCCAGAGAUGAAAUGUAUUUGUCACAUUAAGCUGUUGAGUCCAACGCUGCCUGUACCAGAACUGGAGAGCGAGGCUGGGAGCCGCACAGCUCUGCACUGAACCGGACAUUUUAACGCCUGAAGCUGCAGCUUCAGCACCGUUCCCGCAGUUCGGUUUUCUGUUCUUUACAAACAGAGAUGUUUUAAGUUUUACUUACAAUGUGAAAAGUGUUUGCAUAAAUAGAAAACGGCUGGCAAGAGCACGUGAUUAGCACUGUGUUCACACAAACAUUUGAAUGUGUGUGUCUGUGAAAUUCUGUGGUUAUUUCAGCCUCACUGAGGUUCCUCUGAUACGUGAGGCUCUGAGGGUCUGGUGGGAUCAUAAUGAUGGUAUUUUUAUAUAAAUUUGAGACUAGAAUUAUUUCCUUAUAUACCUGCUUUUUGCAAAAACACAAAUAAAGCAGCAAUUAUUCGGCGUCUUGCAGAAAAUUAUGCUAUAACCUUUAAGUUAAUAAUAUAACAUGUAUUUAUUUAUAUAUUUUCAUGCAUAGACUCGGGCAGAAAAUGAAACAAACACUUGCUAAAUUCUGAAGAAAUAUUUGAGGGAAGAAUAUAUAUUUUUUUGUGCUCUUCAGAGUAACACUGUCUACUUAUCUGUUCCUGUACCUGGCCUGUAGUUGUUGCCAGGCAACAGGACUAGUGCUCUGCUAGUUUUUAGAUUAUGACUUCCUGUACUUUCUAUCAUCCCAAACAGCAGAAAUUGCCUCGUAAGCGAGACUGUCUUUGUUUUUUUCAGUCAGCUGACUGGCAGUGAGCAGCACCAGGUGGGUUAAGGAUGGCGACUCAUCCUAAUGGAACCUUGUUGUUCAUAUAUGAUCUAAAAAUACGUGCAGACAUUUGUAGAUCAGUGAGAGAGCAGUAGGCUGGUUCUCUCACUGAUUUAUCCAUAAAUGAUUUAUUCCUGUGCCAGAAACAUCUGUGUGUGGUAGUUCUCGGGUGUCAGGGUUUGAAAGCAUGGCAAAUUCUGAGAACAGAUAAUAUUCAAUAUGGAACAUGGUGGCACUACUAUAUCAAUUUGUAAUGGAAAUGGCAUCAUAUAAAAGCUGAACCUUCUGGAUUCUGUAAACUGCUGUAAGGAUGUCUUCCUUCAUGCUAGGCUCCAUAUUUCUAAGCCAUUGCUCAAAAUGUAAUUGCUUCUCUUUGAUCCAGGUAUCAUCUGUGUAAGCUGCAGGAUUUAUGCUGAAGUCGACUGCACAUCUGCCUCCUAAAAAAGUGCUCUUAUGCUCUGUUUCUUUGAUACUUCUCAGUCAGGGUUAAUGUUUUCAUCAGUACAGUUAGUUUGAUGCUAUCUUUCUCGAAUAAUUUUUCUAGUUUUAAUUUUUCGUGUUAUUUUUUCCAUCCAUCCUCUUCCGCUUAUCCGGGGUCGGAUCACGGGGGCAGCAGCUUCAGAAGGGAUGCCCGGACUUCCCUCUCCCCAGCUGCUUGUUCCAGCUCCUCCGGGGGAAUCCCAAGGCGUUCCCAGGCCAGCUGAGAGACAUAGUCCCUCCAGCCUGUCCUGGGUCUUCCCAGUGCAAAAAAUAAAAAAUAAAAAUAGGGGAUGCUGGUUAUAAGUGUUUUUUUCAGCUUUAAUUUCUAUUGAACAGACUUUUCUAGCAAUAACAUCUUAGCAUGCAAAAAACAUGUUUUUCUUGUGAUUUGAAACAUUUGUCAAUAAAGAUAAAGUGUGUUUAAUUGGGGCCUGCCCAUAGCAAUGCAUAAGGAGAGCAGUGGCUGACUUGCGAAGCAAGUCAGUCACUGCCUCCAUGCAUUGCAUGGCAGGCACCUAUUGUUCUACACCCAAUA